UUGUCUCAUCACCAUGGCAUUGCCACAGCAGCACCAGCCGCUGCAGGAGACUGAGGUUUGCUGUGAUAGUAAAGGAGGUGCCGUUACUGUGCGGAUAACUGACACCCACCAUCAACAGGUGGGCCCAGGACGAGAGGGUGAGUGUGCUGAUGUGCCCAGUGGCAUGGGUUCCUCCAAGCCCUGCAAGUAUAGUAUCUCAUCCAGCUGCAGCUUUGGGGAGUUGGGUGGACCCAGGGUUACCAUAACUCAUCUGAGUAAUCAGAGGAGAGUUCCACCGCUGUUUGAAAGGUCUGCUGCACAGUGCUGGGACCCUAAAUUUGACUCAUCCAUACUGGAGGAGGCAUGCAGGGAGCGAUGCUUUCCCCAGACACAAAGACGAUUCCGCUAUAUCCUCUUUUACCUCGCCAUUGCAGCACUCCUUUGGGGGGUGUACUUUGGGAUCAAUAGCUCCAGGUGUAAUCCUACAAACUUCCUGGUCCCUACUGCAGGGUUCCUCAUAAUCUGCCUCCUCCUUCUCUGGUUUACCUUCUCGAGGCCGUAUGUGCGUCUCUAUAACCACGCCUCCUUCCUGCUUACAGUAAUCAUGUUCAGCAUCACAUUGGCACCACAGACCCAGACUGCUUACUUUGCUCAUUUUGGUGGACAGAGAGUGGGCAAUCAAUCACUACUACCCCCUGUUGGUGAGGAGUCUUCCCAACAUGCUCCUUGUAUAUCACCUGUUGGAACAUUUUCCCUUUGUAUGGAGGUGCUGCUCUUGUUGUACAGUGUUUUGCAUCUACGCCUGUAUGCCUCUGUGCUCCUUGGACUCCUGUAUUCUGUGCUCUUUGAGGCUUUAGGCUGGCUGCAACUGGCUCAGUUGAAUGGUAGUGAUGUAGAGUCAUGGGCCAAUGGCGAAGGUCCAAGUUCAGACUGGGAAAUGCUGAGGUGGCUUUUCCCAGGUAAAGCCCUGCUGCACCUGUGCGCCCAUGUCAUCGGCAUCCACAUAUUUAUUAUGUCUGAAGUGCGUUCUCGGAGUACCUUUCUAAAGGUAGGGCAGGCAAUCAUGCACGGCAAGGAUCUUGAAGUGGAGAAAGCUCUUAAGGAGCGGAUGAUCCACUCUGUUAUGCCGCAGCUGGUGGCGGAUGAACUGAUGAAGCAGGGAGACGAGGAGAGCGAAAGCUCAGGGAAACGAUACAGCGCAGGUACGUGCUCUGUUGCUACAACAUCUGCCGCAGCCUCAUCCAGCCCGAAGUGCAACAAGCGUAAGAAAAACUCAAUCCCACGUGGACAAAUAAUUUUCAGACCCUUCAACAUGAAGCGCAUGGAGCUGGUCAGCAUCCUUUUUGCCGACAUUGUAGGAUUCACCAAAAUGAGUGCCAACAAAUCCGCCCAUGCCCUGGUUGGACUGCUGAAUGACCUGUUUGGUCGUUUUGACCGUCUGUGUGAGUUGACCCACUGUGAGAAGAUCAGCACUCUAGGAGACUGUUAUUAUUGUGUUGCGGGCUGCCCCGAGCCACGCACCGAUCAUGCGUACUGCUGUGUGGACAUGGGUCUUGGGAUGAUCCAUGCCAUUGAGCAAUUCUGCCAGGAGACGUCUGAGACCGUGGACAUGCGUGUUGGCGUCCACACUGGCACUGUGCUAUGUGGCAUUCUCGGAAUGAAGCGCUUUAAGUUUGACGUCUGGUCCAAUGAUGUCAACUUGGCCAAUCUUAUGGAACAGCUGGGCGUUGCAGGGAAGGUGCACUUGUCAGAGGUCACUGCAAGUUUUCUGGAUGACCGUUACGAGAAAGAAGAUGGAAGAGUGUUGGAACGUGCUGGGCAAAGUGUUAAUGACCAACUGAAAGGUUUGAAGACUUAUUUGAUCUCAGGUCGGAAAAUGGGCUCGCAGUGCUCGGGCUGGUCCCAGAUUAGUUUGGGGCGAGAUUUCGGCGAGAUGUUAAGUCCAUCGCCACACACACACACUCCAGACCUCACACACUCCGCCAUCGCAGAGUCUCUUUUACACGGCAAGUCUGUGUGCACGUCCUGCGGUGUCUCAGUAGAUGCUGGUGGGAAUCCGUUAGCAGACGAGGCAACUCGAAAUGGUUGCCAGGAUGAACAUAGGGCCAACAGUAGCAAGUUCCCUGCAGGCCGCAGCCCUAAAACUCUGAAUGGGCUGCUGAGCCCUAUGUGUGAGGAGGGCGUCAGAGUCAGCCAGUCCUCCCUGUGUGACAAACUACAGGACAAAGACAGGAGCUGGGCAGGAGGUCUAUCCACAGAAGGAGGCGGCUCUGGUUUGGACCACUCGGCUAUCCUCCCACUACGCUCCAAAAACUUCCGCGAGAAAAGCGAUGCACACUUUGUUGAAGUCAUAAAGGAAGACAGUCUGAUGAAGGAUUAUUUCUUCAAGCCGCCCAUUAACAAGCUGAGUCUGAACUUCCUGGAAAAACCUCUGGAGUCAGCUUACCGCACAAGCUACCAGGAGGAGGUGGUGAACCAUGUGCCGGUGCGGACAUUUGCGAGUCCUGUCUUCAGCUCUCUGCUUGAUGUUUUGCUGUCUUGCGCUGUUUUCCUCGCACUGACCAUCGCCUGCUUCCUGUAUCCCUUUGUUACCAUGGAGACACCCCGGGCAACCACACUUGGUCUGGUUAUCAUGGCAGCUCUAUUGGAAUUGGUCUCUCUCAUAAUGUCAAUCCGUAUGACGUUUUGCCUUGACGAACAGAAUUGUACUCGCUCUCUGCUGAAGCUGGUGUCUGGCUGGCUCCCACGUCAUGUGAUCGGGGCUGUGCUCGUGUCGCUUCCUGCUGUGUCCGUCUUCUCCCACCUAGCUUUCAGUAUGCAGCUGCCCAUCCAGGUGACCAUGUUCCUGUGCUGUGCGCUCAUUAUUGCCAUUAUCCAGUACUGUAACUUCUGCCAGCUGAGUUUCUGGAUGCGCUCUGCUCUGGCCACAGUAGUUGGGUUGUCUUUGCUCACCCAGCUCUACAGCGCAACCACCAGGCCAAGCACCACUGACAGCUAUCCAGCUUUUGGGAACAUGAGUAAUAUGAGCGCUGAAGUAGUUCAGGCAGGUGAGUUGGACUCGGCACCCACAGCCCUCGACCUGCUCGUCCCAGAGACUGUGCUCUCCUUCUUCCUUCUGAUGCUGCUGGUUUGGUUCCUCAACAGAGAAUUCGAGGUCAGUUACCGUCUGCAUUACCAUGGAAAUGUGGAAGCUGACAAGCAUCGCAUUAAGAUCCAGACCAUGCGAGAUCAGGCGGACUGGUUGCUACGUAACAUCAUCCCCAUUCAUGUUGCCGAGCAGCUGAAGAUGAACCAGAGUUACUCUAAAAAUCAUGACAAUGUUGGGGUCAUCUUUGCAAGUAUCGUCAACUUCAGCGAGUUUUACGAGGAAAGCUACGAGGGUGGCAAAGAGUGCUACAGAGUACUUAAUGAACUCAUUGGAGAUUUUGACGAACUGUUGCGCACACCUGCAUUCUCCAACGUAGAGAAAAUUAAGACCAUUGGUGCUACCUACAUGGCAGCAUCAGGAUUAAAUGCACAGCAGUGCCAGGAGCAAACACAUCCGCACGCCCACCUGCGUGCCCUCUUUGACUUUGCCCUAGAAAUGAUGCGUGUGGUGGAUGAUUUUAACAAGAACAUGUUGGGCUUCAAGUUCAAGUUGCGAACUGGCUUCAACCAUGGUCCCCUGACUGCCGGUGUCAUCGGCACUACCAAGCUACUUUACGACAUUUGGGGCGAUACGGUCAACAUUGCUAGCCGCAUGGACAGCACUGGGGUAGAGUGCCGUAUUCAGGUUAGCGAAGAAAGCCAUUGCGUGCUCAACAGAAUGAACUAUGCCUUCGAUUACCGUGGCACUGUGAAUGUGAAAGGUAAAGGGCAGAUGAGGACUUACCUGUACCCUAAACUGAAUGAGAUCGGACUUGGGUCCACACAGAGCCUGGAACUUCAACGCCAGGCCGAUGGCGCCAUUGGGCUUUUAGAUCCCAAUGCAUUUGCCAAUACAACAACAACAGCAUCCUCUGCACCACUAAAUCCUCCAUCCACCCCUCCCAAUGUUUCCUGUAUCAAUGGCCAUGGUGUGCCCCAAGGGCAGGUAUUAGGCACUUUUCAGAUUAACAAGGAGUUGCACCAAGGUACUAAUGAAGCUUUCCCUGUCCCUGAGCUCAAAGAAAAGGAUUAUGAGAGUCCUUAUCAAGCACCAUCACUCAGUGGUACACAACCUCCAUCAAUAGCACAACUGUACGCACCAUUAGCCAGACCAGAGACACCUUUACAAGAAGAGGAAGAAGCUGAUGAGCAUACAAAGCUCAGGGAAGUGGAGUGAUUAGGAAUUCCUCCUAACUUCGAGUGACUAGUGUUCCCUCUUCAAGAGCCUUAAAUAUUGAGGCUCUACUUCCUUCAAGGAGCUUUUCCGACCACAACUGUUGGAGUUCCAGCAACAUCAGGCUGUAAAGGGCAUCUGUUGAUAACAAACUUAAAUUAAGGAAAAGGGGUAAUGUAAGCAUCUGCUGUGUGGAUCACAGUGAAGCACAGAAUGGAGGAGGAAAAAUGAGCAGAGUUAAAAUUUCUGAUGUGUUCUCAUGUUUUUGCUGUGUUUUUUUUUUUUUUUUUUUUUUUUUUAUAAAGUGCCUUCUGGAUAGAUAUGUAAACUGAACAAGAUGGGUGAAAUGAUCAAAUCAAAGAGAUGUUUGAACAAACAUAUCAGUGUGGAGAGUGAAAAAUGCUGUUUUCCGUAAUGAAAUAAUUGAACCCCUUUUACCAUAUUAAUUGUUUUUUCUCUCAUUAUUUUCCUGUCUUUGAGACAAGAAAUCGAAAAAGUGCCAGUUGCCAAUGAGGAAAAGCAAUUACAGCCUAAUGUAUUGUGGGUAUUUUAAUGAAUAUACAAUGUAUUCAUUUCUUUGCUCUACUCUUAGUCACCUAUGUAGUGAUGAAGGUAAAGAUGGAUUGAAUGGGCACUUCUGUUCACAAUGCCCAUAUUAACAUUCAAUACGUCUGGCAGCAAACAAUGUAGCGUUUAAUCAAUGGGAGGCAGUUAUUCAUGCAUAAUAGGACCCUGAACUUUUAUAAUGAGAAAUGAGUGAAGCACAAUCAGCCUUAUUUGUUUGAAACACAAUCAGAGAGCAAAAACCGUGCUGAGCGCUCUCCAUCCACUUCAUUAGAUAACACAAGCGCCUGAUGGGUGUACCAUCAGAUCUGCAUUUGGAAAUUUACUGUAUAAUUUGACUCGCGAGUGCAUUGUGUUUGGAGGUUAAAUGCAAUUAUACUUGAUUUAAAUGUAUACAGUAAUCAUAGAACUGUGAUGUAAUCAACAUUUUUUGGCCCCAUUGAUUUACUGUAGUGUUCCUCAUAGUUGUAUACAAAUAGUCCCCUAUACCUUGUCUUGCAGUUCCAGAGCACAAAAAUGCUUAUAGAUUAUUUUCAUUUUUUAAUAGAAUGGCACUUAAGAAUAUUUAUCAUCUUUACACAGCAGGAUGACUAGCACUGUGUUUCCCCUAAAUAUAAACUCUCUAACCAAUGAGGCCUUAGAUAAGACAGUCCAAAAAUAGGGUGUACGUUUGAACAAAGACUUUUUUGCUAAAUUGCCUAAAAUGUAAGUAGUUUUAAAUGCAUUAAUAAUUUCAUUCAGUGCCUCAACCUUUUUCAUAUCAAACAUGCUUGCAGUCAAUGUAAUUUUUCACUGUGAUCUUGCCAGGAGCUGCUGAAUUGUUAUUGCCAUAGUUUUUAUUGACCACCACGCACUUGUGAUACCUGUUGUUCACUUCAUUGCCUUGAGUUGCAGUUUCUUCUGCCAUUUUUUCAGUAUAUUUGUAUCUUAAAACACAAUUUAUUUGUAAUUCUUGGUGUGUGACAGUAAUGAAAUGUGGUUAAUGUAUGACAGAGCAUGCCAAGCCUGUACUAGGAUUUGACUGCAGCUCUUUGAGUUUCAACCGUUUUGUUUGUCUGUAUCUGUUGUGGAAAAGAUUUUUUUACCCUUUAUGUGAUUUUUUUUUUCUUUCUAUUAUACAUUCAGAACACUAGAAAAUAAUUUGUUGUAUAUAUUGCAAUGUGUCAAACAUUUCAAUCAUACACUGCAAAAAAGAAUUUUAUUAGUAAUUUUGCCUUUUUUUCCUCUAGCAAAAAUAUCUUAACAUUCUUUAAACAAGAUACAUUUAAUUGAGUAGCAAAAUUAUGUAAGAUAUUUUGCCUUUGUUUAACAAAAUUAGGUAACGUUUAUGCUUUAUAACUAUAAAACAAAAAUUGCCAAUGGGUAAGGAAAAAAUGUUUUACAAUUGGGAAAUAGUUUUUUUUUUUUCUUGUUUUAAGCAUAAACCCCACUAUGUUUUGUUAGAUUGCUCUGAAAACAAGACGUAUGACAUGUCAUUCUGCUUCUCAUGUAAUUUAUUCCUUGUUUUAAGGAUGUUUAGAUAUUUUUACUGUAAAUAAGACAAGAACACUCAGUAAGAAAAUUAUUUUUUGCAGUGUUGCAGGAGGAAAAAAGCCAACAAGAGAUGAGCAGUAAAAAUAAGAUUUUACAGAGCAACCAGUAAUUUGUUCUCAAAAAAUUGAAAAAAAUCCAGUGCAUUUUUGGUGACUUUUUCCUCAUUUGUAAUGCCAGGUAGCUGAUUUUGGUGUCUGCAGUAUCCGGGUAUCUUUUGACACCACAGCUUUCAAAACAUCUGCAAAAUUAUGUUUUUGUAUCAUAUUAUUUCCUCUUUGAUGUGAAUUGUAAUUCCAGAUUUUUUUUUUUAAAUGUAUACUCUGUAUCUUUAAAUUGAACUUUUCGGGAUGGAAAAGGGAUUUGUUUUUGCUGUUAACUAAUUGUUUCAAUGUGCACUGCUUUAUAGCCAACACAUUCACCUAUGAGUUAUUGUAUCACUCCAUUGGCUAAAGAAGACCAGUGCUGACAGUAUUGAAUUACUUGUGCAUAAUAAUGUAUGUGGUUUUUGUAUUAAAUGCGUUCAUAUUUAUUAGGGCUGCGCAUGAACCAAUGUGCAGCCAAUGAGCCUAAUAUCAAAAGGGCAUAUUUAUGAAAGGGAGCCGCUUAAAGCAGGGAGAGGUGGUUCUUUACAUCUGUAUGAACUUAUCACCUCAAAUUCAGCUAAAUGUAAUGUAACAAGCACCUACUUUAAUUCUCUAGAAAGUAAUAUGGCCUAAACCCUAAAAGUGCCUCAGACUCAAAUCUACUUAAGCUUUUAAAGAUAUUUUGAAUAAUCCAAAAAGAAGAGUGAAGUUUUUUUUUUUUUUUUUACCCUUCCAUUUAGAUUUAUUUUGUGAAAGAGACCGGAGGCUUGCUUGCAGUUUAGAUGGUUUAUGUCAUUUCACAGUUUUUGCCAUUUCUGUACCAUUUAGUUUCUUUAUAAAUGAAAAUUGUAACGGGUUCAAAUUUAAAACAAGCAUAUUUAUAUUAAGAGUGCAAAUCUAAAAUGCACCAAACCAACUGGUUUUGGUGCUCAAGAGAGUUAAAAAAUGUGCCCUCAAAAAAUUGUUUAUCAUGCUUUGAUUAUCUGUUCAUUUAUUAUUGUGGGCUUUUCUUUGUGCCAUAUGGGGAAAAUGUUUGUGUAUACCAAAUAUUUUUUUGCAGUGUGGACAGAAGCUGCAAGACAGAGCUGUAGAAUGUGGGCAGGAUAUUUCUUUUCCAGCAACACAUGUUCUUCAAUAAUUUGUUCUUAUGCGCAUGAGUCACAGCGGGUAUUGAUUUAUUAGCCAUUAUAUUCAUGCAAAAGCGUAAUCUGUACAUUUGCACAGUGCACUCACUUUGUAUGUACAUAUCAUGUAUUGUUUUAUUUGAUGUUUAUUUUACAAAAUUGAUAAUACAUGUGCAUGUGCCAGAUUUUGAGCGUAGAGAAACAACAAAAAGAUAUCAGAAGUUGCCUUUGUGUCUGUUUUAUAUGUUAGUUUUACUGUCAACACAAAUGCAACCAAAUAUGCAAAACUUGGGAGGACCAAGUGGAAAGGUUUAAAAGAAUAUUCCGGGUUCAAUACAAGUUAAACUAAAGUACCAUAUGUCGAGUACCAUUU